CUUUGUUUCUACAGGAAGGAACUUUGGAAAAAAAUGAAAAAAUGCAGAUUUAUUCUACUGAAGAGAAUAAUAUGCAGAAUGCUCAUGAAAGAGUUGCAUCAAAGAGCUGUCAUAAAACUGCACAAGUUAAGGCAACUAAAAUAAAUGACAGAAAUCAAACUGACAGUAAUUCUCCUCAAAACCUUGAAAAUCAGAUUGGAGGUGAGAAGGUUCAGUCUAAUGGGAAUGAUAGUCCUUCUAGCAUUCACCAUUUCUCAAUGCAGUCUCUCGAAAGAAAUUCCUGUUUGACCAGGGAAAAAAUGGCACCUGAAAAGGAGAGGAAAAGAAAAGUGAAAGUACCUACAGAAAAUAUUGAAAAUGAUACACUAGAUUAUCUGAUGCAAACUGUGGUUAAAACUGAACAACCAGAAAGUGUAGAAACUCAAGCCCCUCAUGGAGCCAACGCAUUAAUUUCUAAAAGUAUUCAGCUUGAUGACAAAGAAGAUAAACCCCUUGAGAACGACAACAAACAUUCAAUACGUAUGCAAAUUUGCCAGCAAGAUAGUGUAUGUUUACCAGAAUUGAGUGAAAUUCAAUCUUGUAAAAUUCCAAUAGGUGACGCUGUGAACAAUAAAGAACAUAAUCCCAUGAUUAAAAAUAAUUCUACUAGACCAAAAGGAAUUAAGGAAAAGAAACGUAGGACUUCAUCUGUUGUAAGGGCCCCAAGAUCAAAAAAAGUGGGAAGUGAGUUGAAAUUCAAGAAUGCCGGAAAAUCUACUACCCCUGCGAGAAAACUUGGUGCUUUAAAAGAACUCAAUGUGCCACGGAAUUUUGAAAUAUUUCGUGAAACGAUGGAAACUGUUGUGCCGAAUGAUGUUUUAAUUUCCAAUAAUUUAAAACUUUUUCAUUCUGUCAAAAAUGUUUCCAAAGUUGACUGUGAAAUCAACUGUAAUUCUAAAAAAGUUAGCCCUAAAGUUGGUAACAGACUCGCCAUUGAGCAAAACGCAAUGAUGCCCCAAUCUCAAACUAAAAAUGAAAAUCAUCCAACUCCAAGCCGCGAAACAAACCAUAAUUCUUUCAUAGCGAAUCAAAGCCUCUCUCCAUGUGUUGUUCACUUAGUGGAAGAAAUUGUGGAAUGUGAUGUUGAUCCAAAGCAGUGUAAUAAGAAAGACAGCAUGCCUGUGAAAAAGAAAAGUGUUAAACACAAAAAAAAUAAUAGAUAUUCAAACAUUAUUAAAGAAAAUGUGAAGCCACAGUCUAUAAAAACUUUAGAGAAGGAUAAAAUUUUGACUAUUGCAGAUGUACAUGAACCUCCAGAUGAGAAUAUAAACUGUGAAAAAAAUGCAUUGGCCAACAUGCAGCCCUCUGUUGUCCUUAACGACAUCUUGGGGGGCAGCCAGUUUUCAAUGCUCAAAAAAGGUCUAAAUGAAAAUCGGAAAAUUUCACCAUCACAUGAACUUCCUGUCCCAUUGAAUGAAAAGAAUUCAAGGAGGAAAAUUCUGCAUGAAGCAGAAUUUCUGUAUUCAGCAGUAGAACCCAGAGGUAUUCCCUCUCGUAGGACCAGGAAACCUGUUAAUUAUAAAGAACCAUCAGUUCAUUUAAAGCUUCGAAGAACUUGAAGCCUUUUGUAAAGAAAAUCUUUAUCAAAACAGUUUAGUAGUGUUUAUUACGGCUAUAUUCACUCUUUGUGAUAUAUUGUGAACAAAGAAACCUUCCAUUCAUGCCUAAAAUGGAACAGUAUGAAGUUUGAAAUGAGAUGUUCGUAUAAAUACUGUUGUGUGACUAUGGAGUACUGAGUUUUGUAAAUAAGUAUUUGUGCUUGCAUAUUCAAAAUGUAACAUAUAAAAUGUGCUACAUACAUUUUAUAUGUUUUAUUUUAUGAAAAUUG